UGUUUGUUUGGAAGGAAAAUAUUUUCCGGAAAAGGUUUUCAGGCUUUUUCGUCGUUUGUUUGGUUGAAAAUAUUUUUCCAAGGGAAAAUCAAAUACAAAACACGGGAAAAAAACCCCUUAAUUUUGGAAAAUGUCUUACCGUUUCUAAUUCGGUAAGACAUAUUCAGGAAAAUUAGAAGAACACCGAUUUUCUUCUGUUUCAAUUCCACCAUUAAAAAUGACCAUUUCUUCUCUUCUCUUCUAUUCCCCUCUCCAUUUCUUUUCUUCUCUUCUAUUUCCCUUUCUUCUUUCUUCUUUGUAUCCGCUACGAAAGGGUACCUACAAAUAUUUAUUAAAUGCAAUUGUAUCUCCCAAGUUUAAAUUUUUUAUUCAAACUUCCAUGCCUUUUUGUUUAUCUUCUGCAGUUACUUAUUCAUGUAGAGUUUACAGAAAGUUUCGUGUUCUAGCUCGUUUUUCUACUUCAUGUGCUCUAAAUACAGUAGAUUACUUCAAAGAAAUCGAUACCCAUGUUUCUGACUAUCCUGGAUUACAACAGAGGAUGCAGAGUUAUGCUAUCUCAGGCUUUAUGCAAGACCAGUCGAAGUUAUACUACUUUGCAAUUGUUUUAUUUGAUGAAGAAGAAAGGGUUUGUUCAUAGUGUGUGUUCCUAUACUGCUUUGAUUUAUGGGUUCUGUAGAGAAGGCAUGCAAGAUAAUGUUUUUCAAUGGCUGGAUUUCAUGCAAAAUAAUGGUUGUAAGCCUAAUGUGAUUACGUACAUGAUAAUUGUUAAGUUUCUUUUUGAUAAUGGGAAGUUUGAGGAGGCUAUGAACUUCGUCAGUAAGAUGGAAAGGGAACGUUGUAACCCUGAUCUGCUUCCUUAUAAUGUCAUUCUUCGUGAGCUUUUCCAUAGAGAUAGACUAGAUGACAUUUCUGAGUUAAUUCAGGUGAUGGAUCAAAAAGGUCUUUCUCCGGAUUCAUAGUCAUAUGCUGCUUUGUGUGGAGGCCUGCUCAAAAUAGGAAAAGUAAGGGAUGCAUGUGAACUAUUGCUUGAUAUAUUUUCCAAUGGAACUGCAGAUGUUGCUGUCUAUAAUAUUUACUUCCAAUGUUUAUGUCAAGAGAAUAAAUCAAGAGAAGCAUUGUCUCAGUUGAAGUGCAAGAUGAAAGUUGGCUUUAAGCCAAACAAUGUGUCGUAUAAUACUAUCUUGAGUGGUUUUUGUAAAGAAAAAAAUAUUAAUGAGGCCAUGGAGCUUUUGUACCAUUUUGAGUGGGAUGUGAAUGGGCCUGAUGCGGUCACUUUCAAUGCAAUUUUGUCUACUGCAUGCAGGCUAGGAAACUCUACAAUAAUUCAAAGGAUCUUGUAUCAUAUGACGUAUGAAAACAUGAAGCUUAAUAUCUUCAAAUGGUUCAAAUGGUAGUGCAGGGCUUUCAACCUGAUGAGGUAACUUUACGGAUCCUUAGCCAAGCAGUUUCAAAUGGUUCGAUGAAGAGAUUUCCUAAAGUCGCUAAAGUUCUAGAUUGGGUGAUAAGUAAUGACUUUUAGAAAGAAAAAGAUCAAAAGACAAUAGCUGGCUGAUUUAUUUAGUUUUUGAAGUUUCUUUUCAUAUGAUUGCUUGAAGCAAAUUAUGGCUCGCUUGGUCUUUUCUAAGAACAUUUAUGAAGAUUCAAGCCUGAAUCAGGUAUGAAAAGUUCUUAAUCAAUGGCCAAAAGAAGAUACUUUUUAUUGAA